AUGAUAUCGUUUCGUGCAUCGAGAGUGCCAAGAUUCGGAAGACCAAGGCCCCAAAUAAGGCCAUAUGCGGUCAAGAUUCCUCCUGGCGAGUGCCAGAAAGAUAUCAAAACUGUGGCUGAGCUUAAAGCUUGGGGCCCAUCGUCCCAUGUGCCUGAUGUCGAGGUUUGUGGAUGGGUCAGAUCAGUGCGGAAGAGCUCAGGGGUACGCUUCAUCGAUAUCACCGAUGGAUCGUCCAUGCGACCCGUUCAGGUGGUCGUGGACAAGAAUCUAGCCACGGAUAUGCGUCCAGGCGCAGCUGUCCGCCUAAAAGGAACAUGGGUUGAUGAGAGCAGAAAACAAUCUGCCAUUAAUGGGACAUCUCAGGCGUCGAGCAAGGGCGAAACGUCAACAGGCUCAGAACAGCCGGAGCUCAAGGUCUCAGAGGUAGAGGUUCUCGGAGGCUCUGAUCCUAUGACCUAUCCGAUCCAGAACAAAUAUCAGACCCCUGAAAGUCUUCGCACUAUCUCACAUCUGCGGCCAAGAACGCCUCUGAACUCAACGAUGCUACGAUUCCGAUCAGAUGCCACCACCAUGCUCACACAGUUCUUCUUCCGUGAGCGAUUUCAGCAAACGCACCCUCCUAUCAUCACUUCCUCUGAUUGCGAGGGUGCUGGAGAAGCAUUUUCCGUCAAAGCAUCUUCUGCUGACGAGUUCUUCCGUGAUCCCAAGUAUCUGACUGUCUCUUCUCAGCUCCAUCUUGAGGCUCUCGCUCAAGCGCUCGGCAACGUCUGGACCUUGUCCCCAACAUUUCGUGCCGAGCAGAGUGAUACGUCGAGACAUCUCAGCGAGUUUUACAUGCUCGAGGCUGAGAUGAGCUUCGUUGGUGACAUGGAGGAAGUCAUGAACCUAACACAGCGCAUGCUGAACUCAAUGGCCAGCGGGUUGAAGGAGCUCAAUGCUGCAAAGGAGCUUGAGCAGAACCGAGUUGACUCGAAGGAACCUUCCGAGCGCCUUGCAUUCAACGACCUAGUUGACCAGGAACAACUGGAUCGUCGAUGGCGAGGUAUGCUCACCACCAAGAAAUGGCCUAGAAUCACGUACAGUGAGGCCCUCGAGAUUCUCAAGCCUAUUGCCGAGCAAUUUGAGCACAAGCCUACAUGGGGUUCUGGUCUGCAAUCGGAACAUGAGAAGUACCUCGCUGAGAAGAUAGGUUACGACGAGGCCACAGAUGCAUAUGUUCCAAUCUUCAUAACACAGUAUCCGCGGGAUAUCAAGGCAUUCUACAUGCGCCAGUCAUCCUCGUCUCCGGCUUCGGGUCUGACAGUGGACUGUUUUGACCUCCUGGUUCCUCACCUGGGUGAACUGGCUGGCGGCUCUAUGCGUGAGCACCGUCUGCCUCAACUCGAGGAGAACAUGCGGGCCCUUGGUUUAGAAGUUCCCAGCAAGCGAUCCGACAAGGGCAAGGAGCUGGCCUGGUAUCUCGACCUGCGUCGCUGGGGCUGCCCCCCUCACGGUGGCUUCGGACUUGGUUUCGACCGACUUCUAAGCUACCUCACUGGCGUGCCCAACGUCCGUGAUGUUGUCCCCUUUCCACGCCACUACCAUCGAUGCGACUGCUAA